AUGAAGGACCAAGAAUCGUCGAUCUAUCAAAUCACAAAUCAUCUCUACAAAAUCACAGUUGUCUCACAAACCAUGAUUAUAUCCGCAUUUUUUCUCAUACUUCUCAUCAUUUUCCCGAUUUUUCUACCCUUCGAAGUUUCAUUGGCGGUUUUGAAAUUGUUGAAUCUCAUCGAAAUCAUUCUCAUUUUUGUGAUCUAUAUUUUUAAUCAAAUCGUUGUUCCAAUUCAAAAUCUUCUAAUAUUCCUGUUGGCUUUUCAAAGAUUUCUCCUUUAUUUUUAUCCGAAUUCUGAAAAAUAUAUAGUUCCCGGUGAGAAAAGGUUCAAAUGCAUUAUUCGAUGGUUAUAUUCUAUAGUUAUUUUCGGAAAUAGUUUCUAUGUUUGUUUUCUCUUGAAGGAUAUGAUAAUUAAUUAUAAAAACGUAAGAUUCAUAUAAGGCGAUGAUGCAGAUUAGUUUCUCCCCCGAGCUAAUUGAGGAGAAAGAGGAGAAACGUGUUGCAGGUGGAGGAGAAACAAUGUAUUUUUCGAAUUUCGCCCCAUUUCUCCUCAUUUCUCCUCGGAGGAGAAACUCAUCUGCAACAUCGCCUAAGCACAUACAACAUUGUAUCAUACAAUUUUCAGGAUUGGGUCGCUAUGCACAGAACUGAAUGGUCAAUUUUGAAUUCAGCAAUUUAUAUAUUCCUCGAUUUUCUAGUUGUAUUCUCAUCAAUAUUUUAUAUUUGUAUUCUGAUAAGUGUUCGAAAAAUCACAAGACUUGCUUCAAGUGCAAUGAAAACUCGUCCUGAAAAAGUGAUAAUUUAUCAAACAUUGGUUUUGAUAAUUGUGAAGUUGUUAUGUUUUCCAUUAUUAAAUUAUUGUGUUAAAUUUGCUGAAAUUGAUGAGAGCAGUAGUUUGAAUACAACUUUGAAUGCGGUGAUUAUUGACAAAAUCUGAAAAUUUCUAGUUUUCAAUUUUCAGAUCUACUACCCCCUAUUCCUCACCGAUGUUUUCACAACUCCCGUCGUAUUCCAAAUCACAUAUAUUUUCUGCAACAAAACGAAUCUGGAAGUUUUGCUGAAAUUGAAUUUCAGAAGAGCCAAAACUUGGUUGACAGUUUUCUGUGGAGCAUCUUCGAAUAGUGUGGAUCACGAUCAGAGGGAAUUGUAUAAUCUGAGCAAUGGCUCUACUGGAGUUUGA